CCUCAUCAGCAGCCUCCUCCACCACCUCAGGAGCUCCAGAUGGUGCCGAUUCCGGUGGCUCCGGAGCUUCGGCCUGUGUCUCGGGACAGGCUCGCCUCACUCCGUGUACGUGAGUUCUCGACUCAUCGGGACGGAGAGCAGAUCACCACCGAGUGUGGGAUCUGCCUUGAGGAGUACAGAGCUGGCGACCAGCUCUGGGAGCUACCGGCCUGCAGGCACGACUUCCACGUCGCCUGUCUCGGAGAGUGGUUCCGGUCGCAGUCCACGUGUCCUUACUGUCGACAGACCGUGUGAGCAGACACAGCACAUCAACAGAAGAGAAUUGAGUAGACAGUGUGUAAUAAAAAUUAUGAAUUAAGUGUUGUAUACGAGUUUUAUAUUAAAAAAUGUGUUCACCAAUAUUAACACUCUAUACUAGUUUACUA